AUGGUUUUCCCCAGCACAGGAUGCGAGACCUGCAAGAUCCGACGAAUUAAGAGAUGUCUGAAGGCUCGGAGGGUUUGCUAUGGUAUGGGCGCUCUCGCCGCCGUCCAUAUCGAGAACUCCUAUGCCAGUGGAGUGAAGAAGCGGCCUCGGGGUCCCCGGUCGGUGCUGCGGAAAAGCAGCAACAUCGGCUUUGGCUCUACGCUGUCCGGGGAUUGCGUCGAACUGAAGACUCGAGCGAUACUAUACUAUUACAGUCAACACCUCAAGGCGCCUAGAAAGGCGCCGAAAGUACUCAAAGCACUCUCAGAGGAUUACCUGCUUGCAUGGAUUCCUAAACUGGAUAGCCCUAUCAUUGAUCUCGCCGUCUCUUGCAUGGCGCUGGCGGUUUUUUCACGAAGGUACAAGUAUCAGCCGGCUGCGAUUGAAGCGUCUCUCAAUUACCAGCAUCUGUUGCAAGUUGCGCGGACUUCCAUACCAUCUCUUGUUAACAACGACAUCGACACUUGCCUCAUAUCAAUAUUCUUCAUGAGCCGGUAUGAAGACGUAGUAUAUGAACCGAGAGAUGACAUCGAUCGGCAAGUGGUUGGGCCAAAGAGCUUUCGACACCAUGAUGGCGCACUGUCCAUUCUGAAGAUGUGGAAAAACCAUCUCAGUGUGGACCAGCCUGCAACCGACAUUAUGAAGUACACUCGACGUGGGAUGAUCAAGUCUGCUCUACUGAGAAAACAGGGCUUACCUGCAUGGAUCGUCGAUGGCAGCACAUUCGGCGAACGCGGGCUGGAGCUUGAAUAUGAUCGCAUUGUUGUUCGACUAGCGAAUCUCCGUCAUGAGAUUUUCGUCUUUUUCGGACGACAUGGUGAGUUCGAUCGCACAAAGGCAGAACAACUUGCGCAAGAAGCGCGGGAUAUCGAUAAAACCCUCGAACAUUGGGCGCUGCAUUUUCCCAGCACUUGGUCCUACCAGCGGUUCACACUCCCUGACCACGGCCAAUUUCCAACAAGCAACUUCUUCUCUGCUUCAAUCUACAGCUAUUCCAGUAUCGCUCAUGCAGCAGUAUGGAAUCAGUACUACUCGACUCGAAUGCUUUCGCUCAGUACCCGUAUCAGAAUCCUAGAGAGCGAGCAGUUUCAGCCCUUGGCCGCUGUAGAGCGAGAACUGGCCGAAUGCGCAUCGUCUGCCGACAACAUGGCAAUAGACUUUGCAUCUAGCCUGCCUUACAGCUUGGAGAGAUUCAAACUGAGGGAGCUUGAUGCUUCGCUUACACCUGAUCAUUCAAUUAUUCAAGAGUCAAAGGAGGAUAUCAGACCCUACUUCUCUUCAAUGACGAUCUGGCCUCUGUCACUUGCUACAAACCUGGAGAAUAUCGAAAACAAGCAAGUUCUUUGGCUUCGGAGUCGGCUUGCAGAUCUUGGGAGGAUGUCGGGGUAUGGGAUGCUCGAGUCACUAGCCACUACACCGUGGUUGCGGCUUUGA